CAACUUGGUCCCUGGACUGAUUCAGCUCCUCCCUUUCUCUCAAGGCAUCAAUACCAUGAUCCUGAGAGUUCUAGCUAAUAUUGCCCACAAGAAAAAGGAGUUCUGUGUCCAGCUGGCCCAUCAUGGAUUACUGUCUGCACUCUGUGCCACACUUAAAAUGGCUGACCAAGAGAUGGUCACCCUGAGUAUGGAUGUCCUGUUCAUGCUCCUAGGUAGUGGUCCACAGGUUGCAGAGGAGUUUGUGAGGCAAAGUGGACUCUCGCUGUUAGAAGCCAUUCAGUACAACAGUGAAGGAGAGAUUAGACGGAGAGCAACACAUCUACUGGAGCACCACCUGCUGUCCUACUCAUCCUAUUGCUCGCGUGUGGAUUUACUGGCAAUGGAGGGAACUGAGUCAACAACUAGAGAGAGAACAACAACAGGAAAUGAUGGGAAUCAGGCGGCAGUCAACAUGGAGCUGAUGUCUGGCAAGCCUUUGCAUCGCUUUGUACGAAAUGAGCCCAGAAGUCUUGGGAUUGUCAUGUUGGUCUUUGGCUGUGCAGAGCUCCUGAUGGGAUUUCCCCUGGCCAAACAAGGUGUGCGCACAUCUUGGACAAUCUACAUUCCCCUCUGGCAGGGAGCUCUGUUUCUUGUCUGUGGGAACCUGUCUAUCUACACUGAGAUACAUCCAUCCAAGAAGAUGGUGACCGUGUCUUUGGCCAUGUAUGUGGUUACACUUUUGGGAAUCUUCGUCUCUGUUGGCUACAGGAUAUCCACCUUGAUCGAAUAUACUUUCUUUUACUACUACAAUGGCUGGUAUAAUGAUGAAAGUACAGGAAACGGAAUGCUUACUGGUAUUGAGAGCAUAUUGCUCACUUCCUCUGUGUGUGUGUUGGCCCUUCUCAUCUUCUUGAGUACCAUCGCACGUUUAGCUCUGAAAUCCACACACUCUCAGGUUAUUUUCCAGCACAUCCCGACACCCAGGAGUGACAAAACAUCAAACUAAUCCCAACCUUUAGAGGUAUCAUUCUACAUGAACUAACACUGUUUUCCUGCAGCACACCUGUCCUGUGAAAGAAACAGGUCAUCAUUGUGCCCAGUAUAUCACAUGUGAAUAUUACACCACCUACAGGCAGUAGCCUCAAUAGGACAGCCACAGCUCUUUUUUUUUUCUUUCUUUUUUUGCACAACUGCACUAAGCUUCUCUCGACAGUAUAUAUAACUGCAGCAAGAAAUGCAUUACUGAACCACAUUUAUUUUCUUUUUGUAAAGUUUGCUUCAGAAUCAAAGUGAUUCCUGUCGUCUCAUGUGAGAAAAACAUAGUAACCACGAGUCUCUCAAGACUUAUGUGUACUUAUUGUACAGGUCAUGCAGUCGUAAACACUUAGCUAUGGUACUUUGAGGUUAACAGGUCUUACACGCCGAUACUGAUAUCUGUCAAUAAAAUCUACUGCAUUCACUAAAACUUAAUACUGUACAAACCAUAACAAUGUAAGUUAACACUGGUAAUAUUGAUUAUAUACUGUACGUACUAUUAGCCUUUAACCCUUAUGCCAUGAUCAUGUUUCUGCUUUGUGAUUACAGUAUGUGCAGGGUAUGGCCAUUAUAUGUAUGGCCACAUACAGCUGUGAAUAAUCAAUGUGAAUCACUGUAAUGUUCAGCAUGUCCGUCGACAUUACUGUGAUAAGAAGAGCCUAAGAAAAAAACAGAUUUAGCUUUAGCUUAUAGUAAUAUGUGGUGCAAUGAAUGUAAUGUAUAUUGUCUUUGUUAAAUUAACAAUAAAAUGAUCAAAUAAAA